AUGGAGCUUGGAGAUUUUCCAGAAUCCGCGGAUCCAAAUGCAACCGGCAUACGAUCAACAACUAUCUAUGACGUUCCUAUCUUCGAGUAUCAGCCGCUUGACGAAACCAAGCAACAGAUCCGUCUACUUAGACUACUAAAGACAAGUACUAGUGAGAAGCUCAGAUGCGAUAUCGUGAUUCACGACCUCGACACACUUCCAAAGUACAGAGCUCUCUCGUAUGUAUGGGGAUGUCCACAACCGACAUAUCCUCUGCUCAUACAGGGCAAGUGUUUGCACAUCCGACAGAAUCUUCAUCGAUUUCUGCAUGAAUACACUGGCGCGAACAGAUCUGCGGUAAACAGAUACAGGCCACCUUCGUACGGAAAUCAUGACGAAAGCGGAGAACUACUGUGGGUCGAUCAAAUCUGUAUCGAUCAAUCGAAUGUUCGUGAACGAAACCACCAGGUUAACCUUAUGUCAAGGAUCUACAAGCAAUGCAAAUCCGUCAUCACAUGG